GCGAGGCUCCCAGCCGGCGCCGCGCUGCCAAAGCUCAUCGUUUUCGAUCUCGACAACACUCUCUGGACGCCAGAGCUGUACCAGGUGGCGAGGAGGGUCAAGGCAGCACCUGUCGCCGGCCGGGACGUCAAGCUCUUCCCUGCCGCGGCGGCGGCGCUGCACGAGAUUGACACGUGCGAUCGUUGGGAGGGAACGCAGAUCGCGGUGGCCUCGCGCACAAACCAGGGAGACUGGGCGCGGACUUUACUCGACGCGUUUGAAGUGCCGGGCGACCCCAGUCGCCGCCUUUCGGACCUCGUCGCGUACCAGGAGAUCUACACGGGCAACAAAAGGGCGCACUUUGAGAGCCUGCGCCGGCGCAGCGGGCUGCCGUUUGGCUCCAUGCUCUUCUUCGACGACGCGCGCGGCGGCCGGUUCGGAAACUGCGAGCCGGUCGCGCGGAUGGGUGUGCUCUCUGCGCACUGCCCCAACGGG